AUGAAGACUUUGCAGCCUACUUUUUUUCUGUUUGUGUUUGUACCUUUGGUGAAGUCAGCACCACCUAUACAGCAAGAACCAUUCAAGUUUUAUGAGUAUGAUACAGAUGUUACCGUGGGAAGCCUGAUCCAACAAGACUAUGAAAUGCAGUCCAAGGAUAUAAAAAAGGAUGCAACAAACGUUUCCCUUGACACUGCCCUAAGACUGCAAGGGGAUGACAGCGAACGCAGUGUAAGACCAACAAAGGAUACAAAUUUACCUACUUGUCUGCUCUGUGUGUGUUUAAGUGGAUCAGUGUACUGCGAGGAAAUAGACAUCGAAGCUGUACCCCCACUGCCAAAGGAAACAGCGUAUCUAUAUGCACGAUUUAAUAAAAUAAAAAGGAUAGCAGUCUCAGAUUUUGCUGACAUUACUACUUUGAGAAGAAUUGAUUUUAGUGGAAAUCGGAUAGAAGAAAUUGAAGAUGGAGCCUUUUCAAAGCUUCUGUUAUUGGAAGAACUUUCUCUUGCUGAAAAUCGGCUUGUAAAACUUCCUGUUCUACCUCCCAAACUAACAACAUUUAAUGCAAACCAAAACAGAAUCAAGAGCAGAGGAAUCAAAGCAAAUGCUUUCAAAAAGCUGACAAAUUUGGCCUACCUCUACUUGGGACAUAAUGCACUGGAGUCUGUUCCCCUGAACUUACCAGAGAGUCUGCGUAUUCUUCACCUUCAGUACAACAAUAUUACUACAAUCACUGAUGACACAUUCUGCAAGUCGAACAACACACGUUACAUCCGCACGCGUAUGGAUGAGAUACGGAUGGAAGGCAAUCCGAUCCUCCUGGCAAAGCACGUUAAUGCUUUUUCCUGCUUGAGAACAUUGCCUGUAGGGACAUACUACUAG